GACUUUCAACUGUUCCACGAAUCGCAUAUACUAGAAAAAUACUCAUUGAAAUUAAAGAAUAAUUUUCACUUCGAGACAACCAAAAGGUCUAGUUUUCCGAUCAACUUAGUCUGGGGUAUCAAAGCAACUGAUACCAGCGAUCAGUUUGAUCCGUACGAUAUGGGAGGCCUAAAAUGGGAUAGCGACUUUGAUAUAGCUAGCAAAAAGGGCCAACAGUGGAUCGUUAGCUUUAUAUCUCGGUUGAAAAAGCAACCAUUUUUUCCUAAAGAUAAAGAAUUAGGCAAAAUAUGUUUCAUCGAAGAGUUAUUUGCCUACAUGAGGAUGAAUUGCACGACAAACAACCGAAUUUUUUGUAAAGAUUCAACAUUUCCAUAUAAUUUGACCAUCUUUUCUAAAUGCAUGAUACAUAUGCAAUGCCAAAGAAUCAAGGAGAUUCAGUUUGGUUUUCAAAGUGUAACAGAUGGUGCCCACUCUUCGACGCCAAUGGUCGGUUGA